CAAACGAUUGCAAUAAAAAAAAAUAAGAUUUAUCAUAUUUGUCUGCUAACUAUACGGCGGUAUUAUAAGUGGCUCCAAACAAUUCUAACAAUAAUCUGAUGUAUUCUAAUUCGACUUCUCAACUUAAUUCGAUAACUGUGACUUUAUCAAUUAUAUAAUUACUAAUUUGCAGCGUAGAUUCCAAUCAUUUUAAAGAAUGGAGUUGAAAUAACUCGAGCAACGAAAUCUAGAUUGUAACGAAUAAAUUUCAAUAUAAAGAUCUAGCUGAUUUUUUUUUCUCCAUCUUUCUUCCUCCUUCGCUUAAUAAUUUCUCAUCAAAUCUCUUUUUCUACAAUAGAGAUCAUCGCUACCAAAUUAUAAAAUUGUGUAUCACUCGCAUCAAUAUAAUACUUACGACGACGCAAAGUCACAAUAAUUCCGCAAAUCGCAUGGCGUUCCGAAAGCUUCCUCCAAUCUGCGCUAAUACAAGACCGAACGAUGCAAAAGUACGAAAGACAUCGCGCGGAUACCUAAAAGACAUCCCAAUUUUUUCGGACGUCCUCCGGGAGGUCCGUUGGACUCUCGUGUUGUUCGGCAAGCGCGGCGAUUUUCCUCUCGAAAAUCGUUGGCCCGCGCGCGGGAGCCGCGACGGGAGGAAAUCCCGUGGGUGCCGCCGUCAUUUAUCCCGUUUGCGGAAACAUCGCAACGUGAACGGCUAUUGACUUCUGCCUCUACGAUGGACAUGAGCAUCGACGACGACAACGACAACGACGAUGUCUCUUUUCGUCUGGGAGAGAUGUUUAACAGUUACAAGGAGCUGGAGCAAAAACUAAAGCGAUUCUCAAGACACAGUCUGGUACAUUACUGGAGGCGAGAUAGUAGAACCGUGAAGGGGGCUCACAUGAAAACUGCUCGGCCUAUCAACGACCAACUCAAGUAUUACUCUGUUAAAUAUGCGUGCAUCUACGGCGGACAAAAGUUUCUUCCACGUGGCGCUGGCAGAAGGCAAUCGCAGUCCAUACGCACCAACUGCCCUGCUCACAUCAUGCUCAGGGCUUCCAAAGAUGGCACAAAGCUGGAAGUGACCAGUGUCAACAACGAACAUAAUCACGAAAUCUCAGAGGAGUUGUUCAAGAAUCUUCCGCAAGAGAGGAAGCUCUACGGUGAAAUCAAAGAAGAGGUCGAGGAUCUUAUGCAGUUGCACAUCGAUCGUAAAAGACUAAAGGAGUACGUGCGAUUGCGCACCAACAAGGUACUGCGGUCCAAGGAUCUGUUUAACAUAGCGGCGGCUAACAAACGAAAGAGGUUCAUCACGCCGCAGCGAGCGUUCGAAUUAUACAGGAAGAUUCACGACAUCGAGAAAAUGUCGCAGAGCGACAACGGUAGGAAGCUGUAUCCCGAGUCCGAGGACGAGAUUGCGCAGACCAUAAAGAGAAUGAAAAAGGAACAUGAGUCUGCCUGGGGCCAAGAUCCACUGUCGACGGAGUUAGAAGUAAGCGAGGGAAACGACGGCGAGGAUUCCUACAGUGCUCAGUUGACGCAGGAGGAAGUGGUCGGCGAGAUCGACGCGAACGAAGGCGAAUUGCUGAGGGCGAACAACGAGGGUGACAUAAUAGCGGCUGACGGGGAGAUAGUGGGCGAACUGGUGAUGGAGAAUGGCGAUCCGUCGGUGAUAGUCGAGUCCAUUGUUAACGCGGACGGUUCGGUUUUCGUGGACGAGAGGGAGUUUAACAGUUACUGCGACAAUCACUUGUCGCACACGGUGGAUGAUAGCCAGUCACCAAAGUCACGUGUUUUAGAUAUAGAGGCAAUCGCUCCCACCACGACGAUCGAGAAAGUGACGAAAGAUACGUCUACUUCGCCUCACAAGUCGCAGAGCGAAUCGUUGCAGUUGCAACAAUCGCCAAAGUCGUCCGGCAGCUUCCACGAGGCGGACUCGAGGAUUUGGAUUAUGAAGGAAGGCCCUUCCGUAGAAACGGAGGCGGAGAGCGGGCCUGAGAGCGAGGCGAACAUAACGACGACCAAGCCGAUCUCCAUAACGGACGUGGGGGCUCCCGAGAUGGUACUGUCCGACGAGGCGAGUCACCAAUUGCUGCAUGAACAGCUGGCAGUGUUGCGCGCCGAAAAGGGGAAACUGCAUCACGAGACCGAAAUGCUGAAGCUGAAGAAGGAUAAAUUAAAGUUGCAAAUCAAUUGUUACUCGAAUGAGAUAAAGAAGCAGGAAAUGGAAAAGGAGAAGCUCAGACUCGAAAUCAAGUUGCUCCAGUCGAAAGUCAUGGAAGAUGCCAAUGACGUGUCCCACUACAUUUUUGUGCCUUGAACGCUCGCACUUCGUUGCGAAAGAGAUGUAUAUAAAUAUCACCUGUGAUCAUCUUUUGCCACACGGGAGGGAAUUUCUGACCAGCGCUACUAACUGUAAAUAGUAUCAUAUGUAUCACUUGAGACGAUUCACGCAUGAAUGACGAAUGUAUCCGGGGAUAAUGUAUAUUGCUGUGAUCAUGAACGAGAUUCGGUCGGUUAGAGUAGAUUUUGUUACUAAUUUCGACGAAAGGAUAUUACAUCCUCGCAAGGAUAUUGUAUGUGAUAGAUAACAAUAUAACUAUGCAUCUUAAGUGGGAAUGGAGAGAGUAAAUGAAAAUUUGUAAAGUA